AUGAGUGUGCAGACCCCACCCACACUCCUGAAGCUGGCCAGGCAGGCUCUGCAGAGAGAUGAGGCCUUGGCCAUUUGCGGUCUGAGGAUACUGCCUGUGGAGCUGCUCCCAGAUCUGUUCAAGGAGGCCUUGACUGGCAGACAGCCUCGCCUGGUGAGGGCCAUCGUGGCCACCUGGCCUUUUCCCCGUCUCCCUGUGGGGGCAUGGAUGGAGACCCCUGACUUGGAAACCUUCCAGGCUGUGCUAGCAGGAAUAGAUAUAUGGCUGACAAGAAAGAGUCACCCCAGGGGAAAGCUUCAGGUUCUAGACCUGAGGAAGGAACCCUAUGGAGCGUGGAGCAUCUGGGCUGCAGCAGAGGAUGGUGGCUGCUCAGAGGAGCCUGUGGAUGAGAUGCAAGUUGAGAAGGUCCUUCCCAGAUAUGCCCUGAGGCCAAGGCGGAGAGGCUGGCCUCUCAAGGUGGUAGCUGACCUUUGCCUCAGGCCCGGCCUGCAGGAAGAAGAAGCAUGCUUCUUGCAGUGGGCCCAGCAGAGACAGGGCUCCCUCCAGCUCUGCUGUGAGAAGAUGCAGAUCUGGGCUCAGCCUGUCCAUGUGGUCAGACAGGUCUUGAACCUGUUUCCUCCAGAGCACAUCUCGGACUUGGAACUGAACACAGAGUGGGGUGUGUACACGCUGGCACACUUUGCUCCCUGCUUGGGCCAGAUGAGAAAUCUUCGCAGAUUCUCCCUGGCUCCCAUCUCCCAGAACGUCUUCCAGAUUGGCCGCAGCGCAACUGACAGAGAAGAGAAGUGUGUCCACAAGCUCCUUUCUCAGUUCUCCAGGCUUAAGUGUCUCCAGCAUCUCUCCAUGACUAGAGUCCACUUUCUCAGAGACCGCAUGAGUCAGGCCCUUCGGUGCCUGAAGAAGCCUUUGGAGACCCUUCGCAUCACUCACCACAGAUUUCCAGGUCAGACUGAAUUCCCUUCUCUUGCUGCCCGAAGCUCUUUUCAGCUAAAACAUCUGCACAUGAGAGGUGUGGUCUUAAGGGCUUUGGAUGGGAUGGCUCUCCGAGUUCUCCUGAAAACGUGGCAGACACUCUGCAGACCCUGGAACUUGACCGGUUGUAAGAGAAGGACUCUCAGCUCACUGUCCUCAUCCCUGCCGCUCAGCAAGUGCUGCCAGCUGACCCAGCUCAGUCUCUAUGGGAAUGAAUUCUCCAGGCCCAUCCUGGGUGACCUUUUGCAGCACACAGCCCACUGGAGCAGAUGA